AUGACUCUGCCCAUGGUCAUCCAUGACUACUUUGGCAUUGUGAAAGGACUCGUUACCAUAGUCUAUGCCAUCACUGCCACCCAGAAGACUGAGGAUUGCCCCUCUAGAAAGCUAUGGCAUGAUGGCCAUGGGGCUGCCCAGAACAUCAUCCCUACAUCCACUGGUACUACCAAGGCUGUGGAUAAGGUCAUCCCAGAGCUGAACGGGAAGCUCACUGGCAUGGCCUCUCAUGUUCCUACCCUCAAUGUAUCUGUUGUGGAUCUGAUAUGUCAUCUGAAGAAACCUGCCAAGUAUGAUGAUAUCAAGAAGGCGGUGAUGCAGGCAUCCCGAGGCCUACUAAAGGGCAUCCUGGGCUACACUGAGGACCAGGUUGUUUCCUGCGACUUCAACAGUAUCUCCCAGUUCUUCACUUUUGAUUCUGGGGCUGGCAUUGCUCUCAGUGACAACUUUGUAAAGCUCAUUUCCUGGUAUGACAAUGAAUACGGCUACAAAAAGUUCAGAAUAACCAACAAUGAAGGAUCCAGUCAAGAGAAUCCAAGGUGA